AUGAGAGUGUUCGUUUGUGUAAUUUUUGUGGCAACAAUUGCCCUAGCCCAGGCUACGUUCUUUAAGUCUCUUGGAGGCGGUGGUGGUGGCGGAGGAGGCCAUGGUGGUGGCGGUUGGAGUGGCGGUGGUGGAGGUGGCCAUGGCGGUGGCGGAUGGAGCGGUGGUGGCGGAGGUGGCCAUGGAGGUGGUUGGAGUGGCGGUGGCGGAGGAGGUCACGGAGGUGGUGGCGGUGGAGUACAAGUCAUCAAAGUGAUCCAUCAAUCUGGAGGAGGCGGCGGUCAUGGUGGAGGCGGUGGCGGCUGGAGUAGUGGAGGAGGUGGAGGUGGAUGGAGCGGUGGUGGUGGUGGUGGCUACGGAGGUGGCAGCGGAUGGGGAGGUGGUGGCUACUCAGGAGGCGGCCAUGGUGGAGGUGGAGGUGUUCAAAUUUAUAAAGUAAUUUCUUCUGGCGGUGGUGGUGGACAUGGAGGUGGUGGAUAUGGAGGUGGAUAUGGUGGUGGCGGAGGUGGCGGCUGGGGAGGAAGUUCAGGUGGCUCCAGUGGAUGGUGGAGAAAAUAA